UCAAUCAAUUUCUCUUUUUUCUUUUCUCUAAUUAUUAUUAAUUAUUCUCAGUUUAUUAUUGUUAGUAAUUAUUAUUCCUUCAUUCAUUCCCCAUUUGCAUUGCAUGGAACACGCUUUACCCUUUCCCCAUCCUCCCUCCUCCUCCUGCUCUCCCUCCUAUAAACUAAACCAAUAAUAAUAAUAAUAAUAAUAAUAAUAAUAUACGCUCGCCGGCGACUCCCUUCUCUGCGGUCGGUCGCCGGAACCGGAGUUGGCGUGCCGCUUCGGCGGCCAGAGGCAGUGUCGGGUUUGGGGACGAGCAGCUGCUUCUGGCGCUCUGUCGUGAUGGGGGGUCGACUGAGCUGCGAGCUGGGUUGACUCGGUCGAGCCGGUUAGAAUUCGAAACAGAAGAGCUGACGGUAGUCUCCGAAUCCCCAACGGUCGAGGUUGAUUGAGCUCCCCCGGUGCGAUUUCGGGUGGGGACAGGGAUGGGAUCAAAGACGUGCAUGAACAUGCUCUGCGGGGAGUCCACGUCCGGCGAGGGGAGGAAAGGUUGGCCCCUCCGAUCUGGUGAAUCCGCCGUUCUUUGCGAUAAAUGCGGGUCUGUCUACGAGGAAUCUAUUUUCUGUGACAUAUUCCAUGCCAAGGACUCUGGAUGGAGGGAGUGCACCUCUUGUGGCAAGCGUCUGCAUUGUGGAUGCAUUGCUUCCAGAUUUUUGUUAGAGCUUCUUGACUGCGGUGGUGUAAGUUGUGUGAGUUGUGCGAGAAGCUCAGGACUCCGCCCUAUGGCAAAUGAUGAAAAGCCUACUGAUUUCGGCAUGCUCAAUGCUGGUCCUGGGGAGCUGAGGUCUGCUUCUGGAGGCAAACAUUAUGAUGGCGAUGGGUUUGAGAAAUUGAAGCUUAUGCAGCCGCGCAGUAACAUAGAGAAUUCGGGAUUGAGAUACUUGCUUCAGCAUGAUGACCCCAACAGUUUAUCUGCACAAAUGAAGCAGGAAGAUGUUUUGCCUUCUCCAGAAGAAAUAGGAAAAUCUCGUUUUCAAUUUUCUAGUAAAGCAUCUAAUGGAGCGGCAAACAAUCUUGAUGAUUCACUGGCCCAGCCGAACCUGAGUAUCGCUCUGGGUGGUCCUUCUGGAAGUCUGAAUCCUUUUCUUGGAGUCGUCUUUGAUGAGAAAGGGCAGAGUAGGACGUUGUCACUAUCCCAGCAGGGGUCCAAGUCUCGGCAUCUUUUGCCAAAACCACCUAAAUCAGCUAUUCCCAGUGCUUUGGAGGCAAAUAGAGGCAUUGUUCCUCAGAUACGUGUUGCAAGGCCUCCUGCUGAAGGUCGGGGAAGGAACCAGUUGCUUCCUCGAUACUGGCCCAGGAUUACUGAUCAAGAGUUGCAGCAAAUUUCUGGAGACUCAAAUUCCACCAUUGUCCCACUUUUUGAGAAGGUUCUAAGUGCCAGUGAUGCAGGUCGAAUUGGUCGCUUGGUUUUACCAAAAGCCUGUGCAGAGGCUUAUUUUCCUCCAAUAUCUCAACCUGAAGGCCUUCCUCUUAGAAUUCAAGAUGUCAAGGGAAAGGAAUGGGUGUUUCAGUUCAGAUUUUGGCCUAAUAACAACAGUAGAAUGUAUGUCUUGGAGGGUGUGACUCCUUGCAUACAGUCUAUGCAGUUGCAAGCUGGAGAUACUGUUACCUUUAGCCGCAUGGAACCUGAAGGAAAACUAAUCAUGGGAUUCAGGAAAGCAUCAGCUUCUGUAGCAAUGCAGGAAACUCAACUUUCUGCCAUGACUAAUGGCACUCACUCAACGGAAGCCUUCUUUUCCGGGAGUUUCGAGAAUCUGCCUGUUAUAAGUGGCUAUUCUAGCUUCCUUCAAUCGCUUAAGGGAAAUGCAGAUCCACAUAUAAAUGCACUCUCAAAGCAUUUUACUUCAACGAGCGGUGAUAUAAACUGGCAAAAUUCUGAGAAGAAUGAGGGGCGCAGGGAGCCCUUUUUACCUCCAUCAAUGUUGGCACCAGAUAGAAAAAGGACUCGGAAUAUUGGGAUGAACAGUAAGAGAUUGCUCAUUGAUAGUCAAGAAGCUUUAGAGCUGAAGCUGACAUGGGAGGAGGCUCAGGAUUUGCUACGUCCACCUCUGGGUGUCCAGCCAAGCGUGGUUGUGGUUGAAGAUCACGCAUUUGAAGAGUAUGAUGAGCCUCCAGUUUUCGGGAAAAGGAGCAUUUUUGUUAUCCGAUCAUCUGGGAUGCAAGAGCAGUGGGCCCAGUGUGACGGUUGCGCUAAAUGGCGAAAAUUGCCGGUUGAUAUUCUUCUUCCUGCCAGGUGGACAUGCACUGAUAAUUCCUCUGAUGAAAGCAGGUGUUCAUGUUCUGCGCCCGAGGAACUGGGUCCUAGGGAAAUGGAAAAUCUCCUCAGACUCAACAAAGACUUCAAAAGACAGAGACUAGCAGCAGCGAGCUUCAGGCUGCUCCCAGACGUUGAGUCUUCCUCCGGCCUUGACGCACUGGCAAAUGCUGCCAUCCUCGGUGACAGCACAGGCGGGGCUGCAACAACCUCAUCUGUCGCGGCGACGACAAAGCACCCAAGGCAUCGCCCAGGUUGCUCCUGCAUUGUCUGCAUCCAACCCCCUAGCGGGAAAGGCAAGCACAAGCCGACCUGCAACUGCAAUGUGUGCAUGACCGUAAAGCGCCGCUUCAAAACCUUAAUGAUGCGGAAGAAGAAGCGCCAAUCUGAGCGUGAAGCUGAGAUUGCUCAGCAGAAGAACCGCAAGACGUGGGCCCCAAAGGACGAGGCGGAAGCAGAUAGCAGCUCGAGGAAUCUGUCUCCCCUUCUUGAUUCCUCUGAACCUCAGAGCCCGAUAAAUGACUACCCCCCCGGCAACUCAGUUGACAUCAGUAAGGGACAGACAAUAGACUUGAACUGCCAGCCUGAGAGGGAUGAAGAUCCGCGAGGGACUAGUCGAGUGAGCAUGUUGAGUUUACUUCAAGUGGCAAGUCAGCCUCUGGAGAGCUACUUGAAGCAGAACGGGCUUACGAGCUUGGUGUCUGAGCAGCAGGAGAGUGGCUCAGGCCAGGUACAGGCCCCGGCUUCAGCUGAGAGUGAGGGGCAUGACGAAGAGGAUCAUGAUCGAGAUCUUUGUGGUGCUUCUGAGGUCCAAGAAAAGCUUCCUGAGCAGGAUGAGGACAUGGGGCAAGAGCCGAGUGGACCCGAUCAGAGCCAAACUUGAUCCCAAAUAACCGUUCUUUUUCCCCGGCUUUUGUACAGUUCCCCAGUUAGAGUUCCCUUGCUUCAGUCGGCAUAUUUCACGUCCAGACUGGUCUUCAUACUAAGAGUCCUUGGAGCUGCUUUACGUAAAUGGAAAUCAUCUGGUCCAACAUGAUUCAAUGAUCAAUAUCAUCAUUGAGAUCAAGUUGAGGCAAAGAAUAAUGUCUUGCACGCUCAGCAAUGUACUUCCCUCAAGGGCGAGAGCCUGUAUGUAUUAUUUCCGGUCUUGUUUCUGUACAAUCUAUGCUGCGUACCAUAUUUUUCAUGUGUAGUAGAGUUGACAGUAGCUCGAUAUUGCUCAUCAGUCAAGUUAUCCAUCAUAGUAGGAAAUUUUCAGGGAUACUGAUGAUCGGCA